AUGGAAGCCGCCAGCACCGAUCAGUGGACGCCUCUUGCUAGUGCUGUCAGCAAGGGCCAUUUAGAGAUAUCAAAACUUUUGAUAGGACAUGGCGCAAACAUCGAGGUAGAAAAUAGCCUCAAAUGGCGUCCACUCAAUCUUGCAGCUUCGAAUGGUCAUUUUGAUAUAGCAAAGAUGCUGAUGGAAAAGGGAGCCGAUCUUGAGGCUCCUAAUAAGGACAAAUGGACACCCCUCCCAACAGCUGCCAACAAGGGCCAUACCGAAAUAGUCAAACUACUUGUGGAAAAGGGUGCCAAUAUUGAGGCAGCUAACAUCCAUAAAUGGCGUUCACUGAACCUUGCAGCCUCAAGUGGAUUUAUUGACAUUGUGAAAUUUCUUUUAGGUCAUGACGCGGACGUUGAAGCCGCUAAUCAGGAUAAGUGGACGCCUGUUGCAAGUGCUGCGCUCAAUGGUCACUCGGAGGUCGUCACGGCCCUACUUGAUCAAGAUGCAAAUAUCGAGGCGAAAAAUAAAUAUGGCUCAAGUCCUUUGAGCCUCGCAGCGUCCAAUGGCCACCUUGAAACUGUGAAACUAUUGGUAGAUCGAGGAGCAGAUGUCGAAUCAUGUGAUACUGACGGGUUCACUCCGCUUAUAGUCGCUGCAUCCGAUGGCCAUCUUGAAGUAUGUCAGUACCUGCUUGACAAGAACGUCAAAGUCAAUGUGACGGGACGAGCAAACGAAUCGGCUCUUUAUCGAGCGAUCAGAUACAAACACUUGAACGUUAUCCGGCUGCUCUUGAAGUACCGCGCAGAUCCCGAUAUAUGCACCGACCACGGCUUCAGCCCGUUGCAUGAGAGCAUUCAUAGUAAUUAUGUUGAUGGUGCUGCGGUACUUAUUGAGCAUGGUGCAUCAAUUGAUUGCAGAGACAUGCUUGGUAAAACGCCGCGCGAUUGGCUGAUUCUUCAUGACGCUGAUAAAUUCUAUGAACGCAUCCCCUCGUUGAAGCAGAUGUCACCAACAAAUGAAAGUGAUUGGAAAAAGGCUACCAGAGAAAGUAUUGUUCGCAUACUCGGCAAGAUUGAUGUGCCCGACAGCAAUAAAAACCACCUGCUGUGGCAGUGCAUGCUGCAAAGAGCCGAGUUAGACGCCGAUACCAAGAAGUUCAAAUUUGUUGGAUUUUGCGAUCUAUGUGAAGAGCCAUUUUAUGAUGUCGUUUGGAUGUGUCGUAUGUGUCCUGACACUUCCUUCUGUGAAAACUGUGUGGAGAAGCAGAAGGAGACCCAGAAGGUGAUGUGGUGUAUGGGACAUGAAUAUCGUGAAAUUCGUGCCUGUCCCCCCUAUACUGAUGAUCCUCCGGACAGCGAAGGGAACUUGAAAGCGCUGCUAGAGGAAAUCCACUCCGUGUAUGAUAAACAAGGCGAUCCACCUGCAUGA